AUGGCCACAGUUCCCACGCGUUAUCAAUUGCUCGAUCUGAACAAGGGACUCUGCAUGAUGGUGAAGGUCGCGUUAUACGAGCCUCAAUUGAUGGAAUUGUAUGCUACAACUUCUGGCGAUGCCUACAUAUGGACAGCGUACAACCCUCUCAAUGAACCGCUUUCUAAUCUCAUCGAGCCAUACCGUCCGUUCUUGUCCAUCGGCGAGAUCGACCUCUUUUCGUUCGCGCCCACGAGCUCGAGGGAUGAAAAUGCGAUAGAGGUGUUUCGGAAUUUGGUAGAUGAUUAUGGGACGCUGGGGUGCGUGACGGUCGAGUCUGUAUACUCUACCACCGACCUCCUCCCAACGCUCGACGACGUCCUCGGAACGCGCCAAACCCUGCCACCCUUAUCCCAAACAGCCAUCCCAGGGCUCCUCAAUAACAAUAAAGUCCCACCCCUCAUCAUCAACGCACUCCCCAAACUCGAAACGCUCCACAAAUCGCUCGUCCUCUACAUCUGGCUCAGCCUCCGCCUCGAAGUGUCUUUUCCAGACAGGCCAGUGGCGCAAGAGCUCAAGACAAAGUGCGAGGCGGCGUUGGAAGAGUGUUUGCAGAGGUUGCCGGUGUUGAAGAUGAAGAAGGGGGCAGCGGUGGAUGUGGCUGGGAAGGCGUGGGAGAAGAAGGCCGAGGCGGAUCGGCUAGGGGAGGGGGAAGGGGAAGAGGAAGGGGAAGGGGUGGAGUGGGUGAGCGGGGCGGAGUACCAAAAGACAAACAAGGCGAGGAUCUGGAUGGAUGUGGCACUUUUGGAGGAAGGGGAGGGGGUCAAGAAGAGGUUGGAUUCUGGUAAGUAG